GGUUUACAAAUCUUCAAAAUAAACUAGCACGUUGCGCCGUUUUACGUGGUGGGGGAAACAAACCAAACGACGCGUAGUUUGCAUCUAGAUAAUAGAUCCGGCAUGAAAGUCGUACGUUUGAGUAGAAGUCACGAUAAAUGAAAUUGCACCAAACUACGAUCCGUGACCAAGGAGAAGAGUCUCUCUCUCAUAACUUUCUCAAGCAAACUGCUCGAUUUGAUUUCUCGAGAUUUGAUUUUCUUCUUGGAUCGUUUACCACUGAUCUGGAUCCGGAGCUGUGUUAAAUGGCGUACGUGGAUCAUGCGUUCUCGAUAUCGGACGAGGACAUGAUGAUUGGGACUGCGUACACCGUGAAUAGCCGGCCGCCGGUUAAGGAGAUCGCACUCGCGGUGGCGCUACUCGUGUUCGGAGCCUUAGGAAUCGUCUCAGGCUUCUUCAUGGCGUACAAUCUAGUUGGGGGUGAUCGAGGCCACGGGAUUUUCUUCAUGGUCCUGGGGUGUCUGCUGUUCAUCCCAGGGUUUUACUAUACUCGGAUCGCUUAUUACGCUUACAAAGGAUACCAAGGUUUCUCCUUCUCAAACAUACCCCCCGUUUAGUCUAAUGUAUAGAGAAUGAUGUUUAAGCAAUGGCCUGACUUGUUUUCGUUCUAGUGUAAUAGUUUUAGAGGAGUUAAGUGAUUCCAUGUUUGAUAUACAUAUGUAUCCCUUCCUGCUUUCCUCCUUACUCUUGUUAAAUAAUUGCGAGUCUGUGACAGUUCGUCCGUCCGAUACAUAUUACAUAUAUAUACCUGGUUCAGAGAUUUAUUUGUCUCUAAAAAAUUGCAUUUCUA